ACCAAAUUAUUUGACACUUGAGGUUUACGGUUUAGGGUUACUAAUUUUCUUGAUAGUGAGAUUAUACUCUCUCUGUAUCUCUCUCACGCGAAACCCUAGCGCUAACGCCUCCACCAUAACGGUUCUACGUUCCUUUGCAAGGAUCAGUAAUAAUGGAAAGAGUUGUAACUAGAACUCAGAGGCUUAAAUCCUUGAACAAUUGCAGCAGCAGCAGUUACAAUGAUGAUUCAAACUCGAAUUCAAAAACUAGUUACAACGAUGAUUCAGGCUCUUCAAGGGUGUUGCUCAAUCAAGACCUGAUGCUUCCUAUACUUAGUUUGCUUCCUCUCAACUGUUUGCUCAAUUUUGCAAGGUAUGUUUGCAAACCAUGGGCAACUACUAUUCGCACCUCCCAUUUUGCUCUAGCGUGCCUACAACUUACUAAACCUGGUCUUUACGUUGAAGAUUAUGACUCUGCAACUAGUUCUUAUUACUUGGAUAUCAAAAGUUAUGUGAAUGGUCACUUUGAAUUUGAAAGGAUUAGUUUGGGAACACCUUCAAAACUUGGAAAGAUUGUAUGUAGUUAUAAUGGCAUAUUGCUGAUGCUUGAUUGGGAUUGGCUUUCACCGCAAGCUUUCCUCGUGAACCCCCUCAUCAAGUCUUGCCUUAAACUUCCUCCUCCACCCUUUUCACUAGAACGCAUAUACCCUCCAGCUCAAUUUACUAUAGUUUGUGCUCCUCACACUGCCAAAUUCAAGGUGUUCUUUAUAGACAUCCUAGAGGUUUCGGGUGCUCUUUAUUAUGUUUUCUAUGUGCUAAGAAUUGGAAUAGACAACUCAUGGAAAGAGAUAGAUAGAAAAGAAGCUCCUAUAGCAUGGAAGACUAUUUGGGAACCACUUUAUGAUGGAGGCAAUUAUCUUUAUUGGAUAUCUGCACAGCAUGAAGUAACUGUGUUGGAUGUUGACAAUGAAAUUACUAUUGGAAAAUUUCCACUCCCCCCUUUGCAUCCAGAUUCUUUUUCCCAUUCAGUAUUCUUAUGGAGAGGAAAUCAGAUUUCUUGCAUAGUCAGUAUUAUUCCGAAUAAAAGAUAUCAAAUCUAUAUAUUGGAUUUUGAUUCUGGAAAAUGGUCUCUUUAUCAUGAAAUGGGACCGUUUGAUUUUGUGGCUGCUUGUGGCCUAGAGUUUUUUAUUAAGGUUCUUCUAUUUCUUUAUUGGAUCCACGAUGAAAUCAUCUUUCGAGUAUCUAGAACUUCAUCGAUAGAAGAAAAUUUGCCUAUAGGUGGCAGGUACACCAUGCAUUUUAGUUACAAUGUCAAGACUAGACAAGUGACAAAGAUUGAGGACAUUGCUAUAUUCAAUCACGAGGUGUGGCUUCACACCAACAGCCUAUUUUCAUUGCCAAGUACUCCGACAUAGUUUGGUUUCGUAUAGUAUAUCUAGUGGUAAACUGUUUCUAUUUAGUUAUGUAGUUUGGCAGUGGCCAAACAAAUGAAUUUUUAAGAUGUUCAUUUACGAAAAGGGUAGCAAACCAAAACCCGACCCUUCCGUACUACCAUUCAUCGAGGAGUCUAAAAGAAUUUGCAAUAUUGCUCCCAAUGGAAAGCCAGUAUCUGUCUCUACUAAGAGAUUGUGGAGAUGGUACUCUUUCCAAUAGUGAACGAGGCUUGUCGUGUUUUAGAAGAAGGAGUUGUUAUCCGAGCAUCUGACCUCGACAUUGCAUCUAUUCUUGGAAUGAGCUUCCUGAGUUAUCGUGGUGGCAUUGUUUUCUGGGCUGAUCUGGUUGGGGCUAAGCAUAUAUAUAGCAGCCUAAAGAAAUGGACACAAUUGUAUGAGUGCACCUGCUUCAUCUAAUCCAACGACGAAGGCGCGUCUGUGAGAAUGUGAGAAGGAGAUUAUCUUACAAAGUUUUUCUCAAGUUGGAUGUUCUAAGAUAUAGGGAAUUUAGCUCAUGAGUUUUCUUCUUUUCAAGUUUAAUUAAUAAAUAAAAUUAUAUUUCCUUAUAUUAUAUAUAUUCCCACACUUAACAGGAAAAUAAAUAUUUUUCUUUUCUUUCAAAAA